AAAAUAGCACAAGGAAACCUGAAAGUCUAGAACUCUCUACUGUAACAGUAUACAUAGAGCGCGUCCCAGUAAAUCGAAAUCGUCUAUCCUACGCCCGAAACGAACAACAAGGGACUGUUGCGAACUCAAAAAGUGACCAGAGAGAGUUUCGAUUCACCGACACACAACACUCAAACAAACACUCAGUCAUGGCCAUAAUCUCCGACUUCGAAGAGGAGGAGCAGAAACCCAAAUCCAAGCCUUCCUCUGCGGCCUCUGCCUCAUCGGUCUCUGCGACGCCGUUUACGGCGAGCUUGGAUCCCUCAAACCCACUGCAAUUUCUCCAGAAAGCUAUCGACUUGGUUGCCCAAGAAACCGACUUCCUCGAGAAAGAGACGGCGGAGAAGGAGAUUCUCUCCGCCGUGCGCACCGCCAGGCAGAGGAAGGAGAAAAGGAAGGCCGAGGAGAAGAAGGAGAAGGAGGAGAGGAAGAAGCUUGAGACGAAGGAGGAGGUGAAGAAGGAAGCUAUGGAAGAGGUUAAGAAGGAGGUUGAAGCUCCGGCCAAGGCCGAGGAGAAAGAAGAUAGUGGCGCCAGAGUGCCAAACCGAGGCAAUGGUCUUGAUUUGGAGAAGUAUUCUUGGACCCAGACCCUGCAAGAGGUUACUGUAAUUAUUCCUGUGCCUCCUGGAACCAAAGCAAGGUUUAUUGUAUGUGAGAUAAAGAAAAAACAUCUGAAAGUUGGGCUUAAGGGCCAACCUCCUAUCAUUGAAGGGGAGCUUUUCCGACCUAUCAAGCCUGAUGACAGCUAUUGGAGCUUAGAGGAUCAGAGUGCUGUCUCUAUUCUCUUGACCAAACACGAUCAGCUGGAGUGGUGGAAAAGUUUGGUCAAAGGUGAUCCUGAAAUUGAUACUCAAAAGGUUGAACCUGAGUCUAGCAAAUUAUCUGACUUGGACCCAGAAACAAGGCAGACUGUUGAAAAGAUGAUGUUUGAUCAAAGGCAGAAGUCUAUGGGCCUCCCAACUAGUGAUGAAAUGCAGAAGCAGGAGAUUCUGAAGAAAUUCAUGGCUGAGCAUCCAGAGAUGGACUUCUCAAGAGCCAAGAUAUCUUAAAUGGAACCAUUUCAACUUGGCUGACCUUUUUGUAGAUUUGGGAUUAGCUGUUACUUUUUGUCGAUGUAUUCACGUUUGCGGACCUGGUUUGAACUUUGUUGAUAUAGGUUGUUUGUUAACAAAUUAUGGUACAAUUUUACUUUUACAAGAAGUCUCAGGAAUUUGAAUUUAGCGAUUUGCAAUGAAAAAACUAUUUCCUUUGCUGGCC